AUGGAGGUCACAGAGGAAACCAAAACCACCAUAACAUAUGAGCAUGAGGACCACAAGGCGUCGGAUGUGCCUGGCGCGGACGCUGGAUUUGCCAUUGCAACGACUCUGCGAGAGGCUCACGCGGUUCCGAAUCCAUGGGCCUGGGGUCACGUCCAGCUGUACCUCGUGUGUGCCAUUGUCUACUUGUGCUCUACUAUGAACGGUUACGAUGGCUCCCUCAUGGGCUCGAUCAACAUUAUGCCCGAAUACCAGGACUACUACCAUCUUGGACCGAAUGGCUCAGCAGGCACGGGCCUUGUGUUUUCAAUCUUCAACAUUGGUCAGAUGAUCGGUGCCCUGUUCACCUGGUGCAACGAUUGGCGCGGCCGGAAGUUCAUGGUCAUCUUCGGGUGCGUUGGCGUUGUGGCCUGCGCCAUCUUUACGGCAACCGCUCCCACUCUAGGCAGCUUCAUCGGCGCCCGAUUCCUCCUCAGCUUCUUCUCAACCUUGGCUAGCUCUGCUGCACCACUGUUGCUCGUAGAGGUAGCUCCGCCACUGCAACGUGGUUCCGUUGCAGGAGGAUACAACACCUUGUACUAUAUGGGCAGCAUCAUCGCCACCUUUACCAUAUACGGUUGCAACCUCCAUCUUGGCGGCAACAUCAAGUGGCGCCUGUCCCUGUGGCUGCAGGCCGUCUGCCCUGGCCUCGUCGUCCUCGGCGCCUGGUUUAUCCCGGAAAGCCCACGAUGGCUUAUCGCAAAGGGCCGUCACGAAGAAGCACGGGCAUUCCUAGUAAGGCAUCAUGCCAACGGUGACCCAAACCACCCUAUCGUGGCUGUAGAGAUGCGUGAAAUCGAGGAGUCCCUGAGCAGGGGUGGCAUCCGUGCGGCCCGCGACUAUUUCAACAUCAAGGCGCUAUUCAAGUCACGCUCGAGGCGAUACCGGAUGCUGCUCGUCAUUUCGUGGUCCUGGUUCAUGCAGUUCUCUGGAAACAACGUCGCCAGUUACUACCUCCCCACAAUGAUCAAGGCUGUGGGCAUCACUUCUGUCCCAAUGGCCCAGCUCCUUAAUGGUAUCUACGCCGUGACGGGAUGGAUUGCGGCGAGCAUCGGAGCGCGCUGCCACGAUGUGGUUGGAAGACGCAAGAUGUUCCUAUUCUCGACAGGAGGCAUGGUUAUCUGCCUCGCCAUCAUCACAGGCGCAACUGCCAGGUACCAAAUCGCGCACGAUGUCCACGCUAGCUCUGCAAUGAUCGCGUUCAUCUUCAUUUUCGGCGUCGUGUUUGCCGUAGGGUAUACUCCCAUGCAGCCUGUGUAUUCCCCUGAGAUUUUAGCAAAUGACAUGAGAGCCAACGGCGUUAUGGUUUCCUCCAUUACCUCCGGCUGUGCUGGAUUUGUAAACACCUUUGCCGCCCCUCUUGCGAUGCAAAACAUCACAUACUGGUUGUAA